CAACAACGUCCAUUCGCGGUUGGAACCUGAAGGAAUGUGAGUCAAUGGCCACAAGUCAAUCAUGCUACUCAUGCAACCAAGAUUGUUUCAAUAGCGCUCAGCCCAGGAACCGCAAGACUGUUCCGAUCCCACAGCACCUGAACACCAGAACAGGCUCAUAAAAUCAACCAUCCAGAACAAGAAAGCAAAACAUAACCAACAAAACAAAGAAAGCAUACAUAAAAGAUGGUGCAAGUUCAAAUUCGAUACAACCAGAACAACAGUUUGAGGCGCACUUCUAGCAAGGUCGCAGAACGAAAAUCGAUCUAUGAAGAUGACAGCGAGGUCAAGCGGGUGACCUGGAGCCCGGUAGAGGAAACAUCCCAGGACUUGUCCAAUCCUUACGAUGGAGUUCCAAGAGAAGAUAUCUGGUACUCUCCAGCAGAGUUGCGAGAGAUUCGAAUGGACAAUGAAACGAUUGCGUCCAUCUGCUCCUCCAGCAACAAGAACCCAUGCCCCCUCGACGAGACUGUGCGUGGCUUGGAGACCAUGACCGACCAAGGCGCCUGGGAACGUUUUGUGAAUCAUCGGGAUUGUGUCAAUAAAGUUCUUGACGAGCAAGACCGCCAAAAGGGUAUCGACGGCACAGAGUUUCAGCACAGUCCGUAUCCCCUUGUCAGGCGAGCAAAUUAUCUCCAUAUCCCCUUUGACCACGAACGGGUCGCUGCCUUGUGUCGCGAUGUUACCGCCAAGGCUCGCCGCGCAGCCACACAAAGGGGAAAGAGGGACGCCGUGGCCGCCACCAAGGCACAACAAGACAAGGAAAUCCCGGCUCCCAAGAUGAUCCAAACUUCAAGAAAGCCAGUGGUCAUCCCCAAAGACGACGAUACUGUCCAAACAGAGUCUUCGACUCAGCCUGGCAGCACGGCUACUGGUAACGAUCCAGCAGCCUCCUCCCCGCGUCCCAUUCCUCGAGUAGUCAGCCUCUCACUCCAAGCUUCCAGCCCGCCACCAGCGGUACCCGAAACACCCAUUACCCUGGAGCGCAAGACCAAAGAACGAUACGCCGCGUACCUCAUCAACCGGGAACAACGCAUUCGGGCAAGGGAAGAGGCCGCGUCGGAUUGGGAGCAACGACGAGUUGCCCGACAAGCAUCUAUUCGAUUCGAAGCCGAUUCCAGCAUUGCUCGUUUGAAGCGAAUCAUGGCGCUUUCCGAUGAAUUCGUCGAGCUGAUUGCUGCUCGUAACCUCAUCUGAGCUAGCUACCACCGGAAGCCACCCUUAGAAGCUUUGCCAAGCAUUGCAUAACUUGCACAACUAUAAAUACAUGAUUUCAUUAUACAACACAGCUUCCUUCAUUAUGAUAACAUUACAUGAUGAGCUUGAACUUGGCCGUUCAACACAGCCUUGUCAACAAUAAUAUACACAUCCUGGCGAACAAGCCAG